GGCACCAGAACCCACUUUCAAUUAUUUUAUUUAUUUAUUAUAAUUAAUUUAUAAUUGUGGUCUCCGCAUAAAUGGGUUUAGUAAUAGUUUUUUCUAUCCCACCAAGAAUGGAAAAAUGGUCUUCUUCUUCUUCCUCAACCAAUACCUUAAAGUUUGGCAAGAAAAUCUUCUUCGAGGACAUGGCUGGUGGUUCUUCGCCGUCGUCUCCGGCGAAAAAGGGGCGGACUACGGCGGCGGAGCCGCCCAGGUGUCUGGUGGAGGGCUGUAAUGUAGAUCUGAGUGAUGCCAAGGCUUACUAUUCAAGACACAAAGUUUGUCCCCUCCAUUCUAAGUACCCUAAGGUUACUGUCGCCGGAAUUUACCAGAGGUUUUGCCAGCAGUGCAGCAGGUUUCAUCAGCUGCCGGAAUUUGAUCAAGAUAAACGGAGCUGUCGCCGGCGCCUCGCCGGCCACAAUGAGCGUCGCCGGAAGCCGGCGCCGGCGGGAUCAUUGCUGCCCCCUCAUCGCCAUGGAAAUAGCCACAGACAAGGUGGAGGCUUUGAUUUAAGCGGUCAGUUCAUGUGGUCGCCUUUCGCCGGAAGGAAUUUCGCAUUGUCGUCGGAAAACCAAUCUGCCGCCAUCGGAAAGCCUCAGCUGACAUGGCUGAGCAGCCACCCACAAAUUGCUCUGUCCCAUCUUUUGCCCGACGGAUGCGUCGACGAGAUCCCAGACUCCGGCAGUGCUCUCUCUCUUCUGUCAAGUCAUCCCUGGAGCUCGAGCUCGAAACCUCGAUUAUUGCCGGGUCUUGAGGCAAAUGUUGUUCUCGGCGGCACCGGUAGCGGCGCAGCCUCUUCAGUUCAGCCGUCGAUCGACAAUGGUGUUGCCGGGUCUUUGUUCGAUUUGCCUCCCGAUCUGGGUUUAGGACAAGCAUCAAAUAUGGGUAGUAGUCAGUAUGGUGGAGAACUCGGGCUGGCUCAACCGGGAGACGGGCAAUUCCACGUCAAUCGAUCGAGAAGCAACGGCAACUGGUUGCUUUGAAGGGAUGGUGUGUUCUUGGGAACAAACUAGGGUUCAUAGAACUUUUGAUGGCAUUUUGUGUCCGAAUUCGGACUUUUUGGAUCAACAGGCACGUGCAUUUUUGCUAUAAUGAAGUAUGAAGAUUAUGUAAGAACAACAGCCAUUGCCUGUGUCUUGCUUAUGUAAGCAUUUAGGAUUGAAGAUUUGGUUCAUCCUAUCCAUUGGGUUUGGUUGGAUUUAUGAACUAAAUUAAUCAGCAUUGCGGCGA